AUGCCAGAAUUGAUGGCCUUUAGAGGCAACUAUUAUUUGUGGAAAUAUGUACCCUCUCUACCGGCUGCAGUCAUAUUUCUUGUACUAUUCUUUCUCGCCACUUUAUUACAUUUCUGGAAACUCUAUCGCACCAAAGCCUGGUUCUGUUGGGCAUUCGCUCUUGGAGGUCUUUUCGAAGUGGUUGGAUAUAUUGGACGGAUCGCUGCAUACAACAGCACGGACUCAGUAAUAGUCUACGCCAUUCAAAACGUCUUCCUCCUCCUCGGACCCACACUGUUCGCAGCGUCUGUUUAUAUGGCUCUCGGGCGUAUUAUCCGCAGUGUCCACGCUGAAAAGCACUCGCUUAUCCGGAUAAAUUGGCUCACCAAGACCUUUGUUGCGGGGGAUGUUGUAUCUUUCCUUGUCCAAGGUAGUGCAUCAGGUCUGAUGGCCACGGGGAAUAAUGCGACAAUGGGUACAAACAUUGUGAUUGCCGGUCUGGCCAUUCAGGUCAUCAUGUUCGGUCUUUUCAUUAUCACUUCCAUCGUGUUUGAGGUUCGCAUGCGUCGUUCCCCCACGGCCGAGUCUUUCGACGAACAAAUUAACUGGAUGAGUCGAUUACGCACGUUGUAUGCCGUGAGUGCGCUCAUCUUGAUCCGAAGUAUCUUCCGUGUUGUGGAGUACGCAGCUGGGAGUGACGGGUACCCACUUACUCAUGAGUGGAUGCUGUAUGUGUUUGACUCGGUCUUGAUGUUUGCUUCAAUGCUUAUUUGGGGUAUUUGGCACCCGGGCACACUACAGAGAAAUAUUAAGUCAGAGAGAGAUAUGGUGACGACUCUGACAGAAGAGCCGGAAUUAAAGGCAUAG